UCCUCCCCCAGUUUCUGCGCUCCCAGUCCCGGGGGGCAACCGGCCCCCGGACCCCCAACAACCACCGCCGCCUCCCUGGGCUCCAAACCGCAGCUGGAGGAGCUGUACUGGAUGUCGGGUUACCAGCAUCACCUCAACCCCGAAGCUCUCAACCUGACGCCGGAGGACGCGGUGGAAGCCUUGAUCGGUGCUCCUCACCAUCAUCACCAUCACCAUCAAGGUUACGAGCCUUUCCGUCCUCAGCCUUUCGGUGGCGAGGAGCUCCCGCCCGUCUCCCAUCACCAUCCCGCUCAUCACCAUCACCAUCAUCACCACCUGCGUUUGGAGGACCGCUUCUCCGAUGACCAGUUGGUGAGUAUGUCGGUACGGGAGCUCAACCGGCAGCUGCGAGGCUUCAGCAAGGAGGAGGUGAUCCGCCUCAAGCAGAAGAGGAGGACCUUGAAGAACCGAGGCUACGCUCAGUCUUGCCGGUACAAGCGGGUCCAGCAACGACACAUCUUGGAGAACGAGAAAUGUCAACUCCAAAGCCAAGUGGAGCAACUCAAGCAGGAGGUGACCCGCUUGGCCAAGGAAAGGGAUCUGUACAAAGAAAAAUACGAAAAGUUAGCCGGCCGGGGUUUCCCGAGGGAGCCCUCCCCAUCUGCCGCCCCCAAACCCACCGCCGACUUCUUCAUGUGA